AUGUCCUCAAACACAUCUGUUGAUUUUUUUACUGCGAUUUCUUUUUACUUAUCUAAAAACAGAGACAUUGAUGUAUCUGUGAUAAGAUCAAAUUAGCCAAUAAUUAGUUGGGCAUGUUUUUCUAACGCUUAAGAAAAAAAAAAAAAAGACUAACUUUUUGUGUGUUAGUCCUUGUAUUUAUGCCAGAGCUCCGUGCCACUCUGUGCUAAUUUUCUUAUUAUCCUCCUGAUAACUGGCCGCUACAAGACAUUUUUUGUUAUGAACAUAACAGGCUAUGUCCUUGGAAAACUUUUGGCCACAGUCUUUCGACGAGAUGGGAAGAACCAGAGGAAACAAAGACAAAAAAGACGUCCCGUCCGAGCCCGGCGAUGAUAACGUUACACAAGAUGGCGACCAGACAGAGUUUGAUACUGCAGAUGGGCUUGACCCUGCCCUUGCUAAAACUCUGAGCAUAAUGACUUCCAACAUUAUUAAAGUUAUUGAUGAAAAACUUAGCCCUUUGGCCGAGACUAUCCACAAGCAUGCUACGGAGCUUCUGGCCGCUAGCAAGCGGCUAGAUGAAGCAGGGACCAGGCUGCUGGCAGUUGAAAACAUACGACGCAGUGAAACAGCGGAACGAGGGAUGCCGUAUGCUAUGCUAUUGCCGGCUACUGUACAGGUGAUACACGGAGGCUCCAAAAACAGGUUCUCCACCCCGGAGGAGGGAGGACUUCUUUUGUUUUCAUGGCACGCAAUUCAUCCAUUGCCGUCAGUUCGCUCUUGGCUUUUGCAGUUUUUAUGGAAUGGACCUCAGCCGACUCUUUUGUGAGAGGAGAUUUCAAUUGUCACCUCAAUCCCUGAUAGCUGCGCCUCAUACAGGCUGAUAGCCCUACUGAACUCUGACCAAAAACUGCUCUCCGAAAUUUUGGCCUUACGACUAGAGAAGGUUCUGCCUCAUAUUGUUAAGGAGGACCAAACUGGUUUUGUCAAGGGCCGGAAUUCCUGUGAUAAUAUGAGGAGGCUGCUAAACAUCAUCCAACUAACCCAGAGCUGCAAGGACCCUACCAUUGUGCUGUCUCUCGAUGCCGAGAAGGCAUUCGACCGGGUCGAGUGGUCGUAUUUUUUCUACGCUUUGGAAGAAUUUGGCCUAGUAGACAACUUAUUGAACUGGAUUACGGUUCUGUAUAAUACUCCGACGGCAGCACUCCUGACUAAUGGGCUCAGAUCCACCAAUUUCCCCCUCCACCACGGGAAUGGGCAGGGCGACCCCCUCAGCCCCCUGCUCUUCGAUAUUGCUAUUGAGCCACUGGCCCAAGCAGUAAGACAAAACACUUCAAUUUCUGGUAUCUUCGUUGGUGAAAGGGAGCACAAAAUUACCUUAUACGCGGAUGACAUUUUGAUACACCUAUCGCAACCCCAAACUUCUGUCCCCUGUCUGAUUAAGGUCGUUUCCUCAUUCAGUGUCUUUUCUGGUUAAAAAAUUAACUUCUUCCAAAUCUGAGGCUAUGCCUCUGGGGUCGUUAACAUGCGUUCCAGAUAUGGUUGAGCCCUUCCUGUUCCACUGGUCUCCCACCGGUUACAUUUACUUAGGAGUGCAGGUAACACCCACUUUUGGUCAGAAUUUUAAGUCCAACUUCCCCCCCAUCUUUGAUGCUAUAAGGGCGGACUUAGACCGCUGGGCCCCUCUACCUCUUUCCUGGCUAGGUAGUGUUGCUCUUAUUAAAAUGAAUGUACUGCCUAGACUACUAUAUCCGUUGCAAAUGAUCCCUAUCUUAUUAUCCAACAAGGUUAUUAAGGUGCUUGUAGGUUGACUAAGCUCCUUCAUUUGGAGCAAAAGGAAGCCCCGUCUUAAGAUGGCAAAACUUCAAAUGGUAGGUUGCGAUGGAGGUCUAGAUGUACCUUCUUAGAUUUUACCAACUGGCAUCACACCUGCAGCUGACUGCAAGCUGGCACAACUGUAAUUUGGCCUUGAUUUGGCAUGAUAUUGAAUCCUCUCACUCAAAGUGUCCAUUGUACAGUCUGCUGUUUAUGAAUAUCCUGAAUCUGUUAAAAAAAACACUGCCUUAACCCUAUUACACUCAGUACCAUCAGAGCCUGGAGAUCCAUUCGCUCCAUUGAAGGCUGGGCUCAGUUAUCAUCCCCUCUCACUCCCAUUCUUAGUAACCUGGACUUUCUGCCAGGUUGUAAGGACCAGGGCUUUAAAGUAUGGACCACUCAAGGGCUGAAGAAAAUCGGUGUUCUAUUUAAAGCCCAGAUUUUACUAUGUUUUCAGCAGUUGCGUCAGCAAUUUGGUUUAUUUAAUCAAGGUGACUUCUACAGAUAUUACAAAUUAGAGAUUUCAUCGUUAAAGACACCACCUUAAUGACUAACAACACCAUUUUAUGUGUGGAGAAGGCCCUGUCUCUACAGAUUGGCAAAAAAUG